AUGACGCGCCGCUCCCUUCUCCCCCGCACCUGCAGGGACUUCCCGGCGCGCCGACCCCCGGCAGCCCGGCCUCCUUCUCCUGCCACCCCCGACACCCCGCUCUGCCUCCGGCCGCUUCACCCCUUGGGCGAAAUUCCUCGGCCGCGCGGAGGAACCACUUGUGGGAUCGCUCUCCGGCGCCCCAGCCAAGCGACAGCUGCGGAGCCACUGGCAGCGCGGGCUGGGGCGGCCCCAGCACCGGGCACCUCCUCCGGCCCCGCCUCCGGCAGAAAUAACCUUUUCCGCCCCCCUGCUCAGCGUUCUGGCCGCGUCCCGAGUGGGAUCUCUCGAGGAAGGGGAGUCACGUCGUGUGCUCCCGGCCUCGUCAGCCUGGAAGGCGCCGCUCCCCUUGGGGAGUCCCGGCCCGGCCACCCCCGCUCCUCGGGGCGCCCCGGGAGGGGACGGCGGUGCCGGCUGCUGGAGAGCGCCGAGCGCGGCCCUUUCCUGCCGUCUCCUGCGGGGCUUUAUUUUGCAAUAUCCUCCCCCAUAACACGAACCCACGGUCGCGCUUCAAAUCUGCGGGUCAGGCUGCGCCUCCUCGGUGCUGGAAUGACGGGGGCCCUGCCUCGGCCCGGAGCCGCCAGAGGUGCUUGGGGCUCACGUGAAGGAGCCUGUGUUUGCGAGAAGGCAGGUCCUUCCUGUGCGCUCAACCCCGUCCUGCUAAAGGGACUUUUAUCAUUUACUGCUUUUCUUGUUUGUUUUUAAUGGCACACGUACUCUAGCCUGUCAGGAGUAAAUCCUUCGAGUGUUUGCAGUGAGUUGAGAGUAGUGUCAGGACUGAGUAAUCAUUAGCCUUUGCCGUCUGCUCUUAUCCUCCGCCUGAACCUGCCUCGCUCUGUGCUCCCGAGCGCCUUCGAGUUCACCGAAGGGUUUAUGGCCGCUUUGAGCAGGAUCAGCUUCGCAAGUGCUGCACUCGGAAACUGGAGAACUACCCCUGUAUGUUGAGUAAAUAUGUCGGUUUCUUGCAUUCACCUGCAAUUUACUUGUCAAGAAUGCUUGAAAGCUUGAUAAUUACGAAAAACAUUACUUCACAGAGAAAGAAACUAGUAGCAUAUAGCCAAAAGCUGUCCUAACUUUUUACAAUACAGCACCCAGUAGAGGAAAAGAUCCUUUGGCUUUAAAAAUAAUCCAUCAUAUGAAGAAAAUAUGCCCCAAAAUUUCAGAUUAUUUGCAGUACAAGAGCGAAUAUCUGGGGAAUUCAAAAUGGUUUGGAAAACAAAAUAACGUUGAGACUUCUGCAGUGUGUUUUUGGAUAUAAAUACUGUGAGAGUAGGUGAUUUAUCAAAUGUCCUUUUUAAGGGCUUCUAUUAAACAGAUACGAGAGAGAAAGAAAAAGCUUUGUUUAUAUGUUAUGUCAAUAGGUCCCAUCCUGUUAAAAUUGACGUUAAGACUAAUCUACUUGUUGGCACAAAGCUUCCUCCUGUAUCAUUGUUUUCCAUUACUUCUGUAGACAGAGGAUCAAUUCUGGAAUAAUUAGAAAAAUUACUUACUGCAGUAGCUUCAGUAGCUCUGUUUGCUUUUGCGUUGAGCAGUCCCCUUUUCCAACAAGAUAUGCCUGGCAUUUGCUUCUGCUGAUAAGAAAUAGGUAAAUGGGGUGGGAAUAUGACAAGCAAACUAAAGACUAAUUUACAGGGAAAAGUUAAUAUUUGCUCAUCUGCCAGAUACAGUAAGUUAUUGUUUCUUGCUAAAGUCUGAAUGGCAAAGUGUUUUUCUAAAUUGUGGCAUUUUCCACAAAAUGCAGAAAUUGGUGUUAAUCCAUUCAACAUUGCACUUACAUCACCUUACAGGAAGCAAGAACAAUAUGUCUCUGUUGUUCUCGAGAACAGCCCGUGUUUGUCAAGUGCAGAAGGAAGUCAUGGACUGAAAAGAGACGGAAGAAGCAUGCUAUUCCACUUAGCAUUACUGACUUGAGGCUUGCUUCGUUAUUAGCACCAUGUCUUUUCCAAAUACAAGCAUGGUGCACAUGGGUGGCAGCCAGCAAAACCUGACCGAACAAUGUGGAUACAUCAUCUGGGAAGGAUAUUUCACCGGUCAGGAUUGUCCCUGUAGCCCUCUUCUUGUGAGAAUGGUGAAGAUUGUGUGCUGUUCUUGCUUCAUACUCUCUUUCCCCGUAAUUCUCACAUUUCUUUCCAAAUCUUCAUUUGCUUCAGUGUCUUUCCCUCCUCUUGCUUCUUUUAUUCUUUAAAACUUCCAGAAAAGCCUCCAUGCUAACUGCCUCUUCCUUCCAAAUGCCAUAGCCUUCAGUUUAGCCAUAUGAGGGGAGCCUUUCUGCUUCGCAUUCAUUACUGCAACCCCCUUGAUUGUUUUUAUUUGCUUAUUUUUGUUUUAUUGGUUUAUAAUGUUGCCAGUUUUUCAGUCUUAAAUGAUAUGGGGAUUUCAGCUGGAAACACCUCUGUAUUUCUCUUAGUCAAUAAGCAUUCACUUGUACAAGAAAAUCUUGAUGACAUAGGAAUGGUUCAAUAGUUAAAAUACAGACAAAAAUUAACUCAGUCCUUGAAUAUUUUCAGUGGUUUAAGCUACCUGCCCUUGCACAUGAGGAAGUAGCUCGCAUUCUACUCUCUGGUAGAAAAGACCUUUUUUAAACUUGUCCAAACACUUGGACUCAAGCCUUUCUGAUUUCUGCUCCUGCUGACCAGCAAGGGUUUUGGAAGGAUUUGUGCACAGAGCAGUGAUGGUUACCAGCUCAACUCACAUCUAAGCUAGCUGUCACUAGCAAGCUGAGGAAAUGAGGGACAUGUGUUUGUAACAGAGCAGAGCUCGGGACCAAAAAAGGUGGAGAUACUGCAGUGGGCAUCUCAUCCACCUCUUCUAAUGCUAACGAGGGUCUCGGCUUCUACCUGAGCCUAGAGAAGUUGCCGCUGCAUAAAGAUAGCCUAAAACUGAAUACAAAGUAACUUUCUCUCUUUUUAAAAUUGAAACUAUGUUGUGUUAGGUAAACAGCAAUUUCAGUGUAUUUGGGAUUUUUUUCCCUUCAGCUGAGGGCUCUUCGUUUUUUGCGUGGAACAUGGCUGCCAUCUACUGCUGCACUCAGGAUCCGUCUGUUUGGAAGAAUCUGGAUUCUUCCUCUGCACUGGUGAGGCCACA